AUGCUUUUAUUUCUGUUUCAUUACUUUCAUUAUUUCAUUCUUGUUUUGCUUCCUGAGUUUUUCGUUCCUUUCUUUUUUUUCAUGAUUCCAUCUUUUUUCUUCUUUCCUGAUUGUUUAUUUGUUUUCUUUUCGCAUUGCCUUCUUUUCUCGUAUUUAUUCUUUCUUUCUUUUAUUUUUUUUGCAAUUUCUAUUUCUCUCUUUCUUUUUCGUUUCCACAUUCGUACUUUCUUUAAUUUCUCAAUUCUUUCUUUUCCUCUAAUGUAUUUCAUCUUUCUUUCUUUUUUACAUUUACUAUCUUUUUCUUUCUAUCCCUUUUCUCUUUUUCUUUUGUUUUUCAUUUUAUUUUUCUUUCUUUUUCAUAUUUACUAUCUCUUUUUUCUUUCGCUUUUUCUUUCAAUUUUCAUUUAUCUUUCGUUCAUUUACUACCUCUAUUUUUCUUUUAUAAGCUUUUUCUUUCACUUUUCAUUUUUCCUUUCUUUCGUUUCACUUCUUUCUUUCAUUAUCGACUUCUUAUUUUCUCCUUUCUCUAUUUCUUUCUUUAUUACGUCCUGUAUCGCUCUUUCUUUCUUUCUUUCUUUCUUUUCUUUCUUUCUUUCUUUCUUCCCAAACCCAUAUUUUUCGGUUAUACAUUUUCUUAAAUUCUUCUGUGAAUAUUUGGUGGAAAUAUUAUUUUUUCUUUCUUGUUUUCAUUCUUUCUUUCUUUCUUUCUUUCUUCGAUUCAUAUUUUUAGUUGCCUAUUUUUCUUUCUUUCUUCCUUUCAUCAAUCUAUAUUUUGUUCAAAUUUUCUUCGUUUUUCUUUUUUUGAAGAUUUUUUCUUUCUUUUUUUUUCUUUUCUUUUUCUUUCUUUUUAUAAGAAUAAUUUUAGUCAAUGGAUUCAUUUUUAUUUUGUUCGUUUAUCCUAUCUUUCGUUUUGCUUACCUUUCUUCCGUUUUCCUCCUUUCUUUCGUUUUUUCCUUCUUUUUUUUUCUUUCUUUUUCUUUUCUAAUCUUUUUUUCAUUUCCUUCCUUCUGUCGUUUUUCCUUCUAUCUUUCGUUUUCCUUAUCUUUUUUUUUCCAUUUUCCAUCUUUCGUUCGUUUUUUCUUUCUUUCGUUUUUCCUUCUUACUUUUCUUUUUCUUUCUUUUGUUUGUUUGUUUCUUUCUUUCUUCUUUCUUCAGUUUUUUCUUUCUUUCGUUUUUUCUUUCUUUCGUUUUUUUUUUCUUUUUAUCGAUUUUUCGUUCCUUUCAUCUUUCCCUUCUAUUUUUUUUUUUUUUUUUUUCUUUCUUUCUUCUUCGCUUAGAUUUCCAGAAUUUUUCUUUCUUUCUUUUUUCUUUCUUUUUUCGCUCUUUCUUUUUUCAUUUCCCCAAAAUUUCUUUUUCUUUUAG